AUGAACCAAUCUAAUAACGAGACGACUUCUGCCGGAACACCCACAGAUCUUGCGUCUGGCACGGCUAACGGGGAGGUUGAGGUCAAUCGAUGGGCCUCUCCAAAGUUGAUCUCACACUCGGAUUGUUCCACCGAGCAAGUGAUCGCCGACUAUUUCGGGACGCUACAUUCUCAGACGACAGCUCGGGUCGAGCAACUCCAAAAGUCCUUUGGAAAUCUGGCCAGAGUGCAAGGCCAAGAGGGCGCUGCCGCCAAUGCUAUCAAAACAGCAUCAGCAGACAUCGCCCACUUUCUGGAGGGAGUCAGUCAGGCUCACCAAGAGUCCUUCACAUUCUCCACCGAGAACAAUGAUACCCUACCAGGCAUGUUCCCACUGAAGCCCGCUUCGGCAUACUUGCCUUCGGUGCCUUUUGGUAUGCGUCUGGCUACUUGGAUCGAUGACCCCCUCACAGCAUCCGGCACAAAAUGUGAAGACUGCACCGAUCUGUUCUGCGACGCUGCUGAGCUUGGCAAGGUGGUGACCAAGCUGUCCAAGGAGGCAAGAACCAUCCUCGAGCAAGCGAUUUCUGCCGCCACACAAGCGGUAUCAGCGGCAAACUUGUCACAGGAUACACAGGAGGAAAUCAAUUGGUCACUCGCGUCUCUGUACAGCCAGUUUGUCUGGACAGUUUCCCCACAAUGUCGAACCCUUCUGAUGAACACCUGCUCGCAUGGUUUCGGUAACUACUCCAUCUGGGUCGAGAGGAUGGAGAAGAGCGCUCAGCUACCGAAUGGUGAUCCCACAUAUCCGUGGCCGCUUGAGGUUGCCAAAAUCGGGAUGCCCGCACGAGUGAUAGAAGACGAUCAAGAUGCGCCAGGUGAACCGGAGUCGGACGUCAGUGAGGAGGAAUAG